AUGUCCAGACUUGACACUGGCACGCAGCCAUCUGCAGCGGCACCCAAUCCGCCAGUGGUGCAGCCAGGUUUCGGCCAGAAUAUCAUCAUAAGUCCGAGACAGCGAAGUAACCCUAUCUUAGAAUGCAUCAGGCAUAUAGGAAAAGAGUUUGGCGAAAUUCCCGCUGACUAUCAAGUGGGAAGGACGACAGGUGUUCUCUUCUUGAGUCUGCGCUACCAUCGUCUUCAUCCCGAGUACAUCUACACUCGCAUCGAAGGUCUUGGACACUUUUACAAUUUGAGAAUCCUGUUGAUUUUAUGUGAUGUCAGCGAACAUCAAGAGCCUAUCCGUGAACUCACCAAGACUUGCCUCAUCAAUAACAUCACAGUCCUAGUAGCAUGGAAUGCCGAAGAAGCAGGAUACUACCUCUCAACCUUCAAGCAAUUCGAGCAUAAGCCUCCAGAUCUGAUCAAGGAACGCGUCGACAAGGACUAUCACUCGAUGCUUCGCACGACGCUCACUAGUAUCAGCAAGGUCAACAAAACGGACGUCGAGACACUGCGCACGUCGCUAGGAAGCGUCGCAGACAUAGCGAGGGCCACGUCCGAGCAGCUCCAAAAUCUUCCUGGAUUUGGACAAGUGAAAGCGAAGCGAGUGAAGGACGCAUUCGAGAAGCCCUUCCGCAACAGCGCUAUGACCACACUGCCAUCCCAGUUCCAACAAUACAGUCGAGCGGGCGGACUCGACGAAUCAAACCCUCAGCAAUCCACAACGCGCGGAUCAGCAUCGCAAUCGGAGUUGAGCACCUCCACCAGGAAACCUCGAGAACCUAGUCCGGUCUGGGAUAUAGAACUUGAUCUCAACGACUCGACUCCGACCCCCGAGACAGCAGACGUCCUGUGA